AUGCUGGAGGAAAUCGAGAGAUACGCACCACGGCCGCGGGUGCAGCCUGUGAGUGGGUGUGUAGCGCGAGCCGAUGGAAGGUUGGCGGCGCAGAUUGUUCUGCCAUAUUACGGAGCGCGAAACGAUCAAAUAGGUAUGGAUUCCAGCGGUGAAGUGUAUGGAUGUCAGUUGAGGUCGUCCGGGGCAGAAGUAACAGUUUUCACGCAAUGUGCUGAGAAGGAGACGAAGACGGUUCGAUUAGGAGGCGAGUUAGAAACGGAGAGCCAGAGCGCAGGGGACCUUGAAGCAAGAAGGGCAACCUCCGAAGUGACUGCAGAAACCCGAGUGUGACGAGAGCUACCUGCGCAACUUUCUGUGAGAGCAAGGGGUACGUUGUUUUGGGAUGUGAAGACGGGACGUUAAGGCUGUGGAGUACGUCGGAGAGGAAAGUAUUGAGAAGUUUCCACGGUCAUAGGUCGGUACUGUACAGUAGUGGGUUGCGUUGCGAUGAGAGGAGAAGGAAGACGUGUGGUGUCUCGAUCGGGGGUUUACAGUAACCCGGUUACCCCAAUUUUAUGUCAACCAGAGCAAUAAAAGGCAAGCAGGGAUAUCCGGGGAAUUGUCUCCUCCUCCCUCGGGUCUCGUCGCGUCUACAGUGACCCGGUCACCCCACUUUAUGUCAACUAGAGCAAACUCUGGUGCGCGCCGCUCCGCUGCGCCGUCGUCGGUAGAAUAGUGAUUAAUCAUUAAUUCUACAAUGGUACGUACCCUAAAUCAUCAUCAGCCAAACAUCGAGCGAUGGUGGAGGUCAUAGAGCCAUUUCAUUGGACUGUUGGCUUUCUCCAAAUUACAGCCAAAUUACAGACAAGAGCCUGCGCUCAACAUGGCUGUGUAAACGUUAUGCUUUCCUCCAAGUUGGUUUCGUGUGACGUCAACACAGUUGUGAGGGAAUUUUAGUGCAAAAUUACAUUUUGCAGUACUGUAGUGGGAGAUGUUAUACUGUAGUGGGAGAUUUUAUAUGAAUUUUAGGGAAGCGCGCGCAGACUGUCUGGGAAAUCCGGGCCGGAUGCGUGGAUGCUUCUAGAAGGGAUGGGGAGGAAAUCAAAGCGUGGAAGGUGGCCGAGUGUCGACAGAUCGGACACACCGGACUCUACGGCGAGACUCAACACCCCACUUUCCCAGAAAACACCACCAACCCCCUUCGACCGAACAACAACAGUACGUAAAUCAACGUUUCAUGAUUCUUUUCAUGCUUUACGAUUAGUGCGUCUUUCCUCGCUGGAAUCACACGAACAUUCAUUCACGAAAGAACAAGCGAAAGCACAUCAGCUCACCCUACCCACACGCACGCACACGACCGUCGCCACUGUUUCCGCUUUCGUCGACAACGACAAGAGUGCCGCGCGCUGAACGCGGCCUUCAACCUUCGCGUCCCUGUUUUUCUAACAGCCGCUGCCGUUCUCACGCAUAACACACUCCUAACACAAUCCGCACCUCACCAACUUGUCUUCAGCUAUUCACAAAAAAAUGCAGGAAAGCUUCCAGCAAGAGGCGGGAUCAAGUAGAAAACGGCGAAAGAUACAGUCUCCCGAUGUGUUCAUAAGCCAUGCUGGCCCGGACAAGCUACUCAUCGCACGUCCCCUUUCCGAGAAAUUGCAAGCUCAUGGUUUAAAUUGCUUCCUCGACAAAACCUCGAUGGAGCCCGGAGACUGCGGAGAGGAUGAAAUGACUCAAGCUAUGGAGUCUGCGAAGGUCGGUGUUUUCAUACUUUCUCCCGAGUUUGCGGCUCGAAAAUGGACGAUGAGGGAACUGCGUUGC